AUGUCACUACACAUGAUUACAGUGAGUAAUAACACAGCCUUAAUUCAACCAGGCUUCUCACUACUGAAUUUUGAUGGGCAAGUGUUCUUCUUUGGCCAGAAAGGCUGGCCCAAGAGGUCCUGCCCCACUGGAGUUUUCCAUUUUGAUGUAAAAAAUGACCAUCUCAAACUGAAGCCUGCAGUUUUCUCUAAGGAUUCCUGCUACCUUCCUCCUCUUCGCUACCCAGCUAUCUGCACACUCAAAGGAGGCUCAGAGUCUGAAAAGCAACAAUACAUUAUCCACGGAGGGAAAACACCAAACAAUGAGCUUUCAGAUAAGAUGUAUGUUAUGUCUAUUGUGAGCAAGAACAACAAAAAAGUUACUUUUCGCUGCACUGAGAAAGACUUGGUAGGAGAUGUUCCUGAAGCCAGAUAUGGUCACUCCAUGAAUGUGGUAUAUAGUCGAGGGAAGAGCAUGGGUGUUGUCUUUGGAGGGCGGUCAUACAUAUCUUCUGCCCAGAGAACCACCGAAAAGUGGAAUACUGUAACAGACUGCCUGCCCCAAGUUUUCUUGGUGGAUUUUGAAUUUGGGUGCUCUACAGCAUACGUUCUUCCAGAACUUCAGGACGGGCUCGCUUUUCAUGUCUCCAUUGCCAGAAAUGAUACGGUUUAUAUUUUAGGAGGACAUUCACUUGCCAAUAACAUCCGCUCUGCCAACCUGUACAGCAUAAGGGUUGAUCUCCCCUUGGGUAGUCCAGCUGUGAAUUGCACAGUUUUGCAGGGAGGAAUCGCUUUCUCUAGUGCAAUCGUGACUCAAACAAAUAAUGAUGAGUUUAUCAUUGUGGGUGGCUAUCAGAUUGACAAUCAAAAAAGAAUGGUCUGCAAUGUAGUCUCUUUUGAGGACAACAAAAUAAAGAUUCGUGAGAUGGAGAGCCCAGAUUGGACCCCAGAUAUUAAGCACAGCAAGAUAUGGUUUGGAAGCAACAUGGGCAAUGGAAAUAUUUUCCUUGGCAUACCAGGAGACAAUAAACAAGCUGUUUCAGAAACAUACUAUUUCUACAUGUUGAAAUGUGCUGGAGACAAUGUGAACGAAGAUCAGAAAAUGCUCCCCAAUAGUCAGACAUCAACAGAAGACCCAGGCGACUCAACACCAUUCGAAGACUCAGAAGAAUUUUGUUUCAGUGCAGAAGCAAAUAGUUUCCAUGGUGAUGACGACAUUGACACCUAUAAUGAAGAUGAUGAGGAAGAUGAGUCUGUAACUGGCUACUGGAUCAAAUGCUGCUCUACUUGUGAUAUGAAUGUCAACACUUGGGUACCAUUUUAUUCAACUGAGCUAAAUAAGCCUGCCAUGAUCUAUUGCUCUCAUGGAGAUGGGCACUGGGUCCAUGCCCAGUGCAUGGAUCUGGCAGAACGCACACUCAUCCAGCUGUCACAAGGAAGCGACAAGUAUUACUGCAAUGAGCAUGUGAAGAUAGCAAGAGCACUGCAAACCCCAAAACAAGCUCUUCCCUUAAAAAAGCCUCCACUGAAAUCCCUCCACAAGAAGCGUUCUGGGAAAGUUCUUACUCCUGCCAAGAAGUCCUUUCUUAGAAGGUUGUUUGAAUAGUUUCACAAAAACCUUCCAGAUUCAAGUGCAUCAAGUUUUUAAACCAAUUAUAAAGAA